AUGGCUAGUUUUACAAGACAUUUGAAAGCUCUGUCGACAAAGUCACCCAGUGAUAUAGUCAUCUUAUCAGCUGUUCGCAGUCCCAUUACACGAGCAUUCAAAGGCGGUUUCAAAGAUGCGUGGCCAGAGGACAUUUUGGCGCCGGUUAUGGCCGAGGCGGCACUGCGGGCCAAGAUCGAAACGGGAGACGUCCAAGAUGUUCUGAUAGGGAAUGUGCUCGCAGAGCUAGGUUUUGCCAAAACUGGUAGAAUGGCCCUCUUGCACGCUGGGUUCCCAACAUCAACGACAUUCCACACGGUCAAUCGUCAGUGCUCGAGUAGUCUGCAAGCUCUAACUCACAUGGCGCAUGCAAUCCAAGCGGGUCAGAUCGAUGUCGCUCUCGCUGGAGGCGUCGAAAGCAUGUCGAAGAACUAUCAGUCUCGCGGAAUACCCCAAGACGUGGGUCCAGCUCUGCGUAACACAAAUGUUAAAGCAGCUGCCGACUGUCUCAUGCCAAUGGGUAUUACGUCGGAGAAUGUUGCCAGGAGAUAUGGAGUUGAUCGUAAGAUGCAGGAUGAGUAUGCUCUUUUGAGUCAUACUCGUGCGAAUGAGGCACUUGAAUCUGGUGGAUUUGAUGCGGAGAUAGUGCUGAUUGAGUACACGGCGUAUGAUAACGAAACCGGUGAGGCUUCGCGAGUUCGAGUCGCUGCAGAUGACACUAUCCGGCCAAAUGUGACUCUGGAGAAGUUGGCCAAACUCAAGCCAGCAUUUCUAGAGGACGGUGGCAGCACUGCUGGAAACUCGUCCCAGAUAUCCGACGGCGCAUCAGCAGCCAUCCUCGCCCGUCGCUCAUGGGCAACCGAGCGCGGCUUGAAACCCAUAGCUCGAUUCCUCGGAACUCAAGUCGCAGGCUGCGAACCUGAUGAAAUGGGCAUGGGGCCUGUCUAUGCCAUUCCACGACUGUAUGAACAUGUUGGUAUAGAGCAGAAAGACGUUGAUGUUAUUGAAGUCAAUGAAGCAUUUGCAAGCCAGACUCUCGCUUGUAUUAAUAAACUUGGCUUGGAUGUUGAUAGGGUUAAUCCCAAUGGUGGUGCUAUCGCUCUUGGACAUCCGACUGGAGCGACUGGAACGAGACAGCUUGCGACGCUGAUUGCUGAGCUUGGGAGAAGGGGGGAAGAGAUUGGUGUCAUUAGUAUGUGUGCUAGUACUGGAAUAGGCGUUGCAUCCGCCAUAAUCAUGGAGUAG